AUGACCACGCCAUUGACGUUUGACACGUCCGACGACUUUGAUGCGGCCGGCGACACGCUGCUCAUCCUCAGUCACCCUCAAACGACUUGGGCGAACGUGAACCUAGGAAGAAUGCGUCUCUCGUCGCGCCAUCUGAUCUUGGCUUCGGAUUACUUUCACAGUGCCUUGACAAAGGGGUUCGCCGAGAGCGUGUCCGCGUCUGGUGACUUCGCCCACGUCGUGCGUGCCGAGAACAUGAACCCCGAGGCAUUCCGGCUGGUCAUGUCCAUUGUUCACGGACAGUCUCACCAGGUCCCUCGGAAAAUAAGUCUCGACCUUCUGGCUAAGGUGGCUGUCGUUGUAGAUUACUACAAGCUGCACAAGGCUGUCGACUUCUUUUUCCAGGUCUGGGUUGAGCAGAUCGAGAGCCCGGCUACCUGGCAGUACGGCGCUGACUUCCUGCUCCGGCUGCUCGUGUCCUGCAUUUUCCAAGAGAAGGAAAUGUUCCAGAAGCUGACCAGGGUCUAUCUGUUGCAUUCUCGGGGGCCGAUACACCAUUUAGACUUGCCGCCCUUGGCACUUAUUCGAGAUGCUCUUGAGAAGGCCAGACAGGACCUCGUGUCAAAAGCUAUCGGACAGGUGCAUGCGCUCCUGCGAAGCUUCUACAAGCAUGAACCGCCUUGCUCCUUUAACUGCGCAGCGUUCCAGCUUGGCCUCCUUGCCAAAGGGCUGCAUGAACUCGGUCUCCAUGAUCCUCCACCACAGGUGCCGUUUGAUGGAUUCAGCUUUGAUGCAAUUCAAUCAGGCGUCGAGAGGAUUCACGCUCCCCGGUACACGGGUGAGCUAGGACUAGUACAAGGAUCCGUAUCCUUCAACGGCAGACACAGGCACGAGUGCGACCUGACAAACAAAAUCAAGCCCAUCUUCCAGCACCUUCGUGAUAGCACCCAGGGCCUCAGUUGGGAUGCGCAUUUUCGAGAAACCAUAAAGAGGCAACCGACCGCGUAG